AUGGCUCGUCUGAGUGUCAAGGUCCUCACACAACUCCUGUCGGUCGCCGGAUCAGCCGUCGGCAAAGCGACGCCGUCAUCAUCAUCGCUGACACCGAUCACCACCGCCUGCGCGCGCGUCGAGGCACCCGCGUCCUUGACGUGGCUGCUGCAGGAUCAGCCCUUUGAGCAGGAGGACCCGAGUUCGUUUUUUUACGUCAACCAGGAUAUUGACGCCACAGGUAACAAGGCCAACCGCGUCGCGCAGCUCGUGACGUUUAGCUCGACGUCGUCGAUCGCAGACGAAGAUGCGGCACCGACGACGAUGACCCCGUGCCAGCUGCUCUUCGCGAUGCCCGAGGACUCGGAGAGCUGGGAGCUGAUCCAGCGCGAGGGCGCCGCGGAGCUUCGCGUGUUCCGCGUCCCGGAGGCCGCCACCCUUGCCGACGUCGACAACGACGCCGUGCGCCAGAAGAGGAACCUCGUCGGCGCGGUCAAGGUCAAGCCCGGCACGCAGAGCAUCGACCUCGGCCGGUGCGACGGCGGCGGCGGCAGCUUCGUGUUCGAGCUGGCGGACGCAGGACGCAGCCGCGUCGCGUUCCGGCAGGCGUCGAAGCCCGGGGAGGGGUUUGGCGUGUUCAUGGGCAGCGGGUGUGCCGCGCCGAAGAGGGAGGUUCCCGAGGAUUUGUGA